AUGACGCUCACACUCGUCGGACUCGGGUUGGGAGCCAUAAAGGACAUCACACUCAGGGGGCUCGAGGCCGUCAAGGCUGCGGACCUGGUAUACCUGGAAAUAUACACCUCUGCGCUCAUCGAUAGCACGAAGGAGCAAUUGGAGUCCUUCUUCGGCAAACCGGUGAUCGAGGCAGACAGGAUCAGCGUAGAAGACCAGGCGGAAAAGAUCAUACAGCAUGCACAAGACAGGCAUGUGGUACUAUUGGUUGCAGGAGACCCUCUUAGCGCCACGACGCACUCUGACCUCUGCAUAAGAGCGGAAAAUGCAGGCGUGCAAGUAGAAGUCAUACAUAACGCGAGUAUCAUCAACGCGGUUGGCAGGACUGGGUUGCAGCUCUACCGCUUUGGUGAAAUCGUCUCCAUACCGAUGUUCGAGAAGAACUGGACGCCUGACAGCUUCUACGACAAAAUAGCCCAUAACAGGCGUGCCAAUCUGCACACGCUCUGCCUUCUUGAUAUCAAGGUCAAAGAGCGAUCGGUGGAGAACCUCAUGGCCAAUCGUAUGAUUUUUGAGCCGCCUCGAUACAUGACUGUGAAUAUGGCGAUAGAGCAAAUACUGCUCGUGGACGAGAUCAGGCGCGAGAUCGGCGCUACGACACUUGCGUUUGGGGUGGCAAGGCUUGGGUCAAAAACGGCGCAAAUCGUAGCAGGUACGAAUUUUACCGAUUCUACUCAAGCCUCGUAG